CAUUCAGUUGAUACAGUACCAGUAUUCGGCAAAAUGUUCACUUCAACGGUGGUUUUCGCAUCUCUGAUGGCUUUGGCUUCGGCCUUCCCAUCGUUGGACAACGGUCGGGUAGUAAACGGACAAACGGCUACCCUCGGUCAGUUCCCAUUCCAAGUUCUCUUGAAAGUUGAACUCUCUCAGGGACGUGCCUUGUGUGGCGGAAGCUUGCUGAGUGACCAAUGGGUCCUCACGGCUGGACACUGCACAGAUGGAGCCAAAUCAUUCGAAGUCACUCUCGGGGCUGUUGAUUUCGAGGACACAACUAAUGAUGGACGUGUUGUACUGACCGCAACGGAGUACCACCGCCACGAGAAGUACAACCCACUGUUCGCUACGAAUGAUGUGGCCGUUGUCAAACUACCAACUCCGGUAGCAUUCAACGACCGAGUCCAACCGGUAAAACUGCCCACCGGAAGUGAUACCUUUACCGACCGCGAGGUUGUCGUCAGUGGCUGGGGACUGCAGAAGAACGGAGGAAACGUAGCGGACAAGUUGCAGUACGCUCCCCUGACGGUGAUCAGUAACAACGAAUGCUCGAAGGCCUACAGCCCGUUGGUGAUCAAGAAGACCACUCUGUGCGCCAAGGGUGAAAACAAGGAAUCGCCGUGCCAAGGAGAUUCCGGUGGCCCAUUGGUUUUGGAAGGCGAGAACGUUCAGGUGGGAGUGGUCAGCUUCGGCCAUGCUGUCGGAUGCGAGCAGGGAUACCCGGGAGCAUUCGCUCGGCUGACGUCCUUCGUCGAUUGGAUCAAGCAGAAGACUGGACUGUGAGCAGGGUAAUGAAAAAGCGGUUUGAAACGAAGUUUUUUUAUGAAAUAAAUAUUUUUUUUGCAUACAA